AUGAAUAUUAAAUUGCCUGGUGCCGAAAUUGGCAAAGUCGUGACUCGAUUUCCACCGGAGCCUAGUGGAUACUUGCAUAUCGGACAUGCCAAAGCCGCAAUGCUAAAUCAAUAUUUUGCGCAAGAAUAUAAAGGAAAAAUGAUUUUAAGAUUUGAUGAUACAAAUCCUACUAAAGAAAAGGCAUAUUUAACACUGCUUGGUAUACAUGCUGAUCAAAUAACUUAUACUUCGGACCAUUUUGAGGAGCUUUAUCAAUAUGCUAUCAAGAUUAUCAAUAAAGGAUUAGCUUAUGUAGAUGAUACUGAUGUCAAUACGAUGCGCACGGAGCGUAUGAAUGGUAUUGAAUCCAAGAACCGGAAUUUAUCUGUUGAAGAGAAUCUUCAGAGAUUCCAAGAAAUGUUUGAAGGUACCGAAUUUGGUCUGAGCUGUUGCCUGCGUGCCAAAAUUAACAUGAAGAAUCCCAAUAAGGCACUCCGUGAUCCGGUUCUAUAUAGAUGCAACAUAUUGCCUCAUCAUCGUACUGGAGAUAAAUGGAAAAUUUAUCCUACGUAUGAUUUUGCAUGCCCAAUCGUUGACUCUAUCGAAGGUGUUACGCAUGCAUUAAGAACUAAUGAAUAUCGUGAUCGUAAUCCUCAAUAUGAUUGGAUACUUGAUGCCUUAGAAUUAAGGAAAGUGUAUGUUUGGGAUUUUAGUCGGUUGAACUUUGUAUAUACUUUAUUAUCAAAACGUAAGCUACAAUGGUUUGUAGAUCAAGGUCUUGUCGGCGGAUGGGAUGAUCCGAGAUUUCCAACUGUUCGCGGUGCUUCAAAAAAUACGGUAAUGCUGGAGUGGGAUAAACUAUGGGCUUUAAAUAAGUCAGUUAUUGAUCCCAUUUGUCCAAGACAUACAUCAAUGUUAAAACCGAACAUUGUUAAGGCUAGUAUUACUGGUGGUCCUGAAGUUCCCUACACAAAAGACUUACCAAAGCACAAGAAGAAUCCUAAUGUAGGAACAAAGAAAACAUGGUUUUCUUCGACCAUUUUUAUUGACCAAAAUGAUGCUAAGACAUUUGAAAUUGAUGAAGAGAUAACACUUAUGGACUGGGGAAAUGCUAUAGUUAAAUCUGUUCAUAAAUCAGAUUCAGACCCUGAAACAGUGUUAGGGUUAGAUUUACAACUUCAUUUGGAGGGUGAUUAUAAAAAGACUAAGAAAAAGGUUACUUGGUUGGCUGAUACCGAAGAUGUCUUAGAAAUUGUGUUGGCCGACUAUGAUUAUUUGAUCAAUAAGCGGAAAUUGGAAGAAAAUGAUGAAGUCACGGAUUAUGUCACUGAGAAAACCGAAUUUUUAACUAGUGCUGUUGCAGAUUCUAAUGUGAGAAUGCUUAAGAAAGGUGAUAUAAUUCAGUUUGAAAGAAAGGGAUAUUAUAUACUGGAUGAUAAUAUUUCUACCACAUCUGUUCCACGUUUUAAUCAUAUUCCUGAUGGCAAGGCUAGUAGUAUGGCUUCUAAAGCUGCGAGUG